AAUAAUGGAUGUGUCAUUUCAAGUUUUGGAAGGAGAGGAUGUGCUGAAACCCAUUCUACAGCCCGCGGCACCGCCGCGAUUCAUCCUCGAGGAGUUGAUAGAAGAGAGGAAACUCACUCUAGAUGAAGCCUCCAAAGGAUUGAGCACCCUCGGCAAGGACGAAAGCGGCGUUAGAUACGCCUAUUUGAUGCUAACCGCGGCCGAUAUGAUGCUCACCGAUAUCUCGGUAAUAACCAAUUACAAUCACUUGCUCUUCGUCGAUGUCAGAGGAAAUUUAUUGAACCUGGACGCCCUGCAAGUACUAGCCGAUAUUCCGUUUUUGUUGUUCAUCAGAGCGGAGAGAAACCGGCUGGAAUCCGCCGCUCUAAAACCCAUGCCAUACCUACAAGUGCUCAUCCUAAACAGCAACGCCAUCAUAGAAACCGGAGAGAUCCACCAACGGAUGCUGCACACUCUAGAACUAUCAGAGAACCAGAUAUUCACCGCCCAAUUCGUCCCGGACCAACUCGAAUCCCUCAAGGAGCUAUCGAUGGCUGGCAACCACCUGCUCGACACCUCCGGCACGUUCCCCGCCAACGUCGAGAAGCUCUACUUGUGCCGCAACAAAAUCGCCAAGAUCAACACCAACUUCGCGCUGCUGCCGAAGCUCCAGGUGCUCCACCUGCGCGGCAACAACAUCAGGAAGCUGUCGGGCUUCUCGCCGCUCUCCGAGAACCUCACCUACCUCAACCUGCGCAACAACAAGAUCACCAAGAUGCGCGAGUUCCGCAAGCUGGGCUGCCUGCCCAACUUGGACACGCUCAUCAUGUCGGAGAACCCGGUCUGCGAGCAGCAGCUCAAGCAGACGGCGAUGAAGGGCGAGAGCGACCGCGGCCUGACCACCGACAGCGACGAGGACGAGAUGUCCGGCGAGGGCGACGACGCGCCGCCCAUCGACAUCGUGCGCGUCCGGCUGCUGGCCAUGCUGCCCGACCUGAAGCGCAUCAACAAGGAGCAGGUGGGCGCCGAGGAGCGGCUCUACGCCGAGACCAACAAGCAGGCGCUGCUCGACGAUGUGUUCGUCGAUGAGAGCAGCGAAGAGGAGACGGAGUUCGUUACGACGAAUUACACGAGCGAGUUCAGCGAUUUGGAUUUGGAUGGGGCCGGGCAUCCGGUCAGCGAGAAGAGCGAGGAUUUCUACUCGGAAGCCGGCGAUUUUCGUUAAUGUUUAUACACACUGCCCAGUAUUCAGCGCCUCUGUUUAACUUUGAGUGACUCUUUAGAGUGACAUUUACAUUGUUGUUAUGGAGUAACUAAGGAGAUUAUUCCAAAUUGACAGUUUUACAUUGUUGUUAUGGAGUAACUAAGGAGAUUCUUUCAAAUUGACAGUUUUACAUUGUUGUUAUGGAGUAA